GGGUUGUUUAGUGUCCUCCGUCAGGAGGUAGGGACUGGGUGUGCAGCUCGGCUCUGCUCGCUGGUUCCUAGCCGGUGUGUGCGCGGGCGGCGCAGCGAGGCGAGGAUGUCUGGCUGGGACCAGGAGAUGGGCUUCGGGCCCGGGGGCUCGGGUCGGGGCGGCGCGGGGGACGGGCGGAUCUACGUGGGGAACCUGCCGGCGGACGUGCGGGAGAAGGACCUGGAGGAGCUUUUCUACAAGUACGGCCGCAUCCGCGACAUCGAGCUCAAGAGCAAGCGCGGCCUGGUGCCCUUCGCCUUCGUGCGCUUCGAGGACCCGCGAGAUGCAGAAGAUGCAGUUUAUGGGAGAAAUGGUUAUGAUUAUGGUCAAUGCCGACUGCGUGUUGAGUUCCCCAGAUCCUCCCGAGGUCGGGGUGGAGGUUUUGGUGGGGGGCUGCGUGGGAGGAAUGGCCCUCCGUCACGACGUUCUGAAUUUCGAGUCCUUGUUUCAGGGCUUCCUCCGUCAGGCAGCUGGCAGGACCUGAAGGAUCAUAUGCGUGAAGCUGGUGAUGUUUGUUAUGCAGAUGUACAGAAAGAUGGAAUGGGUGUAGUUGAGUUUCUCCGCAAGGAAGAUAUGGAAUACGCAUUGCGUAAACUGGAUGACACCAAAUUCCGCUCUCAUGAGGGUGAAACUUCCUAUAUCAGAGUCUGUCCCGAAAGAAGUACCAGCUAUGGCUACUCGCGGUCCCGUUCUGGUUCAAGGGGUCGCGAUUCUCCAUACCAAAGCAGGGGAUCACCACGCUACUCAUCCCCCUUCAGGCCAUACUGAUUGCAUCCAACAGGGACUUUUUAAAAAUGUGAACUGAGCCUCUUUUUUGCUCGGAAGUUACAUUCCAAAAUUGAUGGAUAUAGUCUUUCAUAGGAGCUCUUUCUUUUUCCCUUCUAUUAAAUAAAAAUCUUUUUUUUUAAUGAC